UUGAUCCCACAAAAAAAUAAUAAAAAAUGUAAAUGAAAAAGUUAUGGCUUUUAGAAACCCUGGAGGAAAAAAAGAAAACAAAAAACAAAAAAAUUUUCCAGUCUUGAAAGGGUUAACAUAUACGUUGUUAUCCGUAUGAAAUAGAGUACAUUACAUUACGUUACUGUAUGAUUAGAUCAAUGUUAAUAAAGUAAAUAUUACAUUGAUGCUAUAAACAUAACAUAAAAUGGCAUAAGCAUUUUUGCCACAGUAUAAUUUUUUCAGUUUGGCAUCUUAAAAUCCUCUUGCAUAAUAUUUUCCAGCAGGCACCUUCAGUAGUCCAUUAGGUGAGUGUUAGCCGUCGCAUCGUGCUUCAUACAGAUGUGUAGAUCAGCUCCCUCCUGCCUCUUCCCAGCACACAGGGAGUUAAGCGAUGCCUUGUAUCCUGGAGUGAGCCCUGAUGCAUUCUGGUAACAGGCUUUGGUGAUUCCCGUUAACUUCUAUGGCUGUGCGGCAUUGAUAAGAGCAUGUGGCAGGCAUCUCCUCGGUGCUACAGCAGCUCUCAGUGCAGCGAUGCAACUGACAGCUCGGUGGUAGAGACAGCCAUGUUCACAGAUUCAUUUCAUUUAAUUGUUUUUUAAAUGUUACUUAUUUCUUUUUUUACUUUUUUCAUUACCUUAAUGUUAACGUGAAUCAUUUUGCUGCAGCCACGAGCUUCCUGAGGGAAUGAAGGGCAGGGGCUGCUGGGAGUCGCCAUCCGCUCGUUCCUUCUGCAACACCGGCUGUCUGAAUAAGUAUAAGAAGGAUGACUCUGGGGACGAUGAACCAAGUUCGCAGUCUGAUAAGAGCGAGUUACACAGCUCCCUGAAGUCUCUGACCAGUAAGCUAGAUGACCUCAGUACUUGUAAUGACCUCAUCGCCAAGCAUGGAGCAGCACUGCAGCGCUCCCUGAGUGAGCUGGAGAACCUUAAAUUGCCGGCAGAGAGCAGCGAGAAGAUCAAAUCCGUGAACGAAAGGGCCACUCUCUUCAGGAUCACUUCCAAUGCAAUGAUCAAUGCAUGUCGCGAUUUCUUGGAAUUAGCAGAAUCUCAUAGUAGAAAAUGGCAUCGUGCUUUGCAAUAUGAGCGUGAGCAGAGAGUACGUUUGGAAGAAACCAUUGAGCAAUUAGCAAAACAGCAUAAUAGCCUUGAAAGAGCUUGUCGAGGAGCACCUGGUCUGUCGUCUAACACUACAGGAAUUCCCAGUUCUGUAAAAGGGAGUGUACAAGCUGUAAAAGGGGAGGCCAGUGAUGAAGAUGAGGAGACAGAGUACUUUGAUGCCAUGGAGGACGCACCAGCCUUUAUCACAGUAACAACUGACCCCAAACAGCACAGGCGUUCUGGCAGCAAUCUGAGUAGUGCAAGUGGAGGCCACCCUGAUGAAUGGCAUCUAGAUGACAAUGUGUUCCAUAGCUCACAUGAAAGCAGCUUCUAUGACUCUAAACGCAAAGAUCUCUUACCUAAGAAAAGGAGAAGAACUCGAAUUCCAGACAAACCAAACUACAGCCUUAAUCUCUGGAGUAUAAUGAAAAACUGCAUAGGAAAAGAGCUGUCCAAGAUCCCCAUGCCUGUCAAUUUCAAUGAGCCACUCUCCAUGCUGCAAAGACUUACUGAAGACAUGGAGUACCAUGAACUUCUGGACAAGGCAGUCAAGUGUGAAAAUUCUGUUGAGCAGAUGUGCUUUGUUGCUGCCUUCUCUGUGUCCUCCUAUUCCACCACAGUCCACCGGACAGCAAAACCAUUCAAUCCUUUAUUAGGAGAAACAUUUGAACUUGACCGAUUGGAAGAUUUAGGGUUCAGGUCGAUUUGUGAACAGGUCAGUCAUCACCCUCCGGCUGCUGCUCAUCAUGUCUUUUCCAAAAAUGGCUGGAGCCUGUGGCAGGAAAUCACCAUUGCCAGCAAAUUCAGGGGCAAAUAUCUUUCUAUUAUGCCAUUAGGGGAUAUCCACCUGGAGUUUCUUUCCAGUGGGAACCAUUACGUGUGGAAGAAGGUCACCUCUACGGUGCACAACAUCAUUGUAGGAAAGCUUUGGAUAGACCAGUCUGGAGAAAUAGAGAUUACGAACUAUAAAACCAAGGAUAAAUGCCAGCUAAAAUUCACCCCGUAUAGCUACUUCUCAAGGGACAUUGCAAGAAAGGUGACUGGAGUUGUGACAGAUGCAAAUGGGAAAGCACAUUAUGUCCUAUCUGGAACAUGGGAUGAAAAGAUGGAAUGUGCAAAGAUUGUGCAGAGUAGUCAAGGCAAUGGCAGCGCUGAAGGAAAACAGAAAACAGUAUACCAAACCCUCCCUCCAAAACUGCUCUGGAAAAAAUAUCCCUUACCCGAGAAUGCAGAAAAUAUGUAUUUCUUCUCUGAACUCGCCCUAACACUGAAUGAACCUGAUGACAGCACUGCCCCCACGGAUAGCCGGCAUCGACCAGACCAGCGAUUAAUGGAAAAUGGAAAGUGGGAUGAGGCCAAUGUGGAGAAGCAACGACUAGAAGAGAAACAGAGAGCUGUUCGAAGGAGGAGAGAGGCAGAGGCGGUGGAGGCAUUGGAAGAAGGUAAUGACUAUGAAGGAUAUCAGCCAUUGUGGUUUGAGAGGAAAGUCGAUCCAUACACCAAUGAGCUCAUGUGCGUUUAUAAAGGAGGCUACUGGGAGUACAAGGAAAAACAAGACUGGUCUAAAUGUCCUGAUAUUUUCUGACAGAGCCUUGGACAACUAAAGCUUACAGAUCUCGCCAUCCUCGAUGAGGGGACUGCGUAGACCAGACUAAGACUCUUCAACGCUCAGGAACAGGUGGCAAAGGCCGACUUCCAAUGUGAACAAAGCAGAAAUACAAACCAAAACACAUGCCAAAAUAAUCACAUCUGAGCGAGGAAAUCCGAGGGGGAACAGGGAUCUGAAGCAUAUUUUCUAAAUAUUUUUGUUUUACAACCUUGAAAUUUCUUUUUUAUCAACUAAUAAGAGUUGGGGGGAAAAAUAUUUAUUUUAUUGCUGUUUAUUUUAACAUUUGCUAUGUAUACACGUACAUACAUAAAUGUAUAAAUAUAUAUAUAUAUAUAUAUAUAUAUAUAUAUAUAUAAUUGGACUUUGUUCAGUAAGGGUUUUCCUCUAGUUCAGAAGUCAAUCUUUCACAAGUACAAUCUUAGACUGUAAGCAAAGCUUAGGAAAUGAAGGUACUUUUAGCUAUAUUAUUUAUUUAUGUACAUUAGAUGCAUAUGUAUAUUCUUGUUAACAAAUUAUAUUAUGCUUUUCAUUAUGGGCAGCAAGGAAAUGACAGAUUCUUAUGACAGUGGGCAUUUGUACCGUUCUUGAAAACUUUGUACACUCAAUGAUGGAUCCAAUGUUCAGUUACACAUAAGAUCACUGUGUAAUAGCAUCACUUCAUUUUAUAAUCGACUAGUGCACUUUUAUUGAUACUUUUUAUCAUUGCCAUCUUUUAUUAGGCCCUUCUGUUCCUGUUCUAAGAGUAGGGUAAAAGGCUACCCUAUAGGACAGCACUGCCUUGUAAGCAUGGCCUUAUAAUGAAUGGUUAUUCAAAAUAUGUCAUUACAUAGCAUGAUUUUAUCUCAAGACAUCUUUACAAUUGUUUUACAUCACUUUCUAUUUUUUGGUAGUGGUAAAGAUAUAAUGUUGGGUACGGAAUCAUGUUGCACACUGCCUUGGUAUGGAUCCAUGCUGUACAAAUCCAUAAUAUGAUGCCCUUAGGCUCCUAUAGAGGCAAAAAACUGCUAUUUUUUCUUCAUGAAUCCCUGAAUCUCCAAUGAUAUGUAUUCUCCCCAAGAAACACUGUUACUAGGAAAGGAUACAAUGGCCCAGAUAUACUUACCAGGAAAAGUUAAAGGAUCUUAACAUGUAUAUCUUGGAAGAAAGACGAGACAGGGGGGAUAUGAUAGAAACUUUUAAAUACGUAAAGGGAAUCAACACGGUAAAGGAGGAGAGAAUAUUUGUAAGAAGAAAAACUACCACAAGAGGACAUCGUUUUAUAAUAGAGGAUCAAAGGUUUAUGUCGUAAUAUUAGGAAAUAUUACUUUCCUGUAGCCUUCCUGCAGAAGUGGUAGCUGUAAAUAUAGUGAAGGAGUUUAAAGGGGUACUCCGCUGCUCAGCUUUUGAAACAAAAUGUUCCGAAUGCUUAGAGCUGGCGCCGGGAGCUCGUGACGUCAUAGCCCCGCCCCUCAUGAUGUCACGCCCCGCCCCCUCAAUGCAAGUCUAUGCUGGUUUUCUUUAAAGAUUUUAAAGUAAUCAGGAAAUCCAGCAGAAUUUUUUAGAUGGGGAAAAUUAUUGUGGAUUUUUUGCAUUAUACAUUUUUGGUUAAUGGUUUGGGUAAUGGCUUUUAUUGGUGCUCCAAAUUAGUAAAUCUGGUGGGAAAAAAACCCAGUCGGAUAACAUUCAACUAGGAAAAAACCUUUAACAAUAGUAAAUCUGAACCAAUGUCUCCAUGGCACCCAGGUGCUUACAGCUCUGUAAUAAGGAUUCCUAGGGACUCUGCGUUCCAUCGUGCAGGGUCCAUGCAUGGCUUUGCUGUGUGUAUGAGCCCUUCGUCUGGCCACAGUCCUCAGAUAUAUUCUGCAUAUCCUGAACAUCAGACACAUCAUAUUGCCUGGAUGGUGCUAUUAUGAAUAAUAUGACCAGCACUAAAGAUACAGUAUACCUGUGUGAUCUGUAUUCUUACUUCUUUUACUUGAGCAUCCAAUAAGAUUUAUUUACACUGAUAAAUGGGUUAACAUGACAUAACAGUGGACCUUUAUGAUCACCAAUUGUCAAAAGUCCUAUUUAGACUAAACUAUUAGAUAACAAGCAUUCAGAUUUAGACCCACUAACUAAACACCACUAGACACGCAGUGGUCUGGGAGUACAAACAUGAAAAACUUCUGUUUUGAAUCCCCUAACACUACACAUGAUAUACACUAUCUAUACAUUUCACUUACUGGUUACUGAUGCUUUUCUUAAAAAAAUAAAAAAAAUAAACCAAAAAGCAGAACAAUGGAUCCCUGGUAAGGUAUAUUUUUCCCCAAUCCGUCAUGACCUAUUUCAGAUUUAAUGGCAAAUAAUUUUUAAUGAUACCAUCUAAAAGCAGGACGAGCUUUGUUGGGCUUAAGUUUUUAAAAGAAUAAACCAUUUUUAUAUCAAGUAUAUAAAAAGACUCAAUUUGCCUUUUUAUACAGACAUCAUGGUGAGGUAGCUACAGUGACUAGUGACAGUAGCUCUUACGUUCAGUUUUAAUGCAUUAAUUACUCCUAAUCAUGGGACUAUAAUCGACCCCAUAUAGUGUGUAAUAGCUAGAGUAGUUUUAGACAUUUCACUGGAGAUAUUCCUCCAAAUAAUAUUAUAGCUGUAUUUUUAUAUACCGUAUCUAUAUAAUAGUGUAUGGAUCAGUAAACUAUAUCAGGGGCCUCUUACAUGUAACUUGUGCCACACUAUACAGUGCAGUAAGUUAACAACCUAAGGGUCUAUGGUUAACCUUAUUCUAGCACAGAGCCAUAAAAGGCACGUCAUCCAAAAGCUAAAAGAAUGAGGGGACAGAAUUAACUACCUGAUGGCUGGUAAAUAUAACAAAAUGAGGUUACAGUCCUAAAGCUGGCCAUAGACGUUCAUCUUUUAUUUGAUGAAUCCCAUUAAUUCCAUCUAGAGGUGCUGACAGUCUAUGGCCUACACAACCCUAAUAUCUGUUAGUUAAGGUUAACAAUGUUAUCACUGGUUGAAUUUUAACCCCUUGAUCCUUUGUUUCCCCUGGAGAUAAGCUGUACCAAAGAGGUUAGCAGCUGCUGUAAAAUAAAAUACACUACACGUUAUUCUUAGAGCCAGGAGAACGUCAUCAGGGGAAGUGAACAGAAGCAGCAGAGUGGGCUGGAUAAGUUAAGCAUAGUGUAUUUUAUUAUUUACCAGUAGACAGCAGUUUCACUUUUUUUUUUAUUGAAUUGGACAAUGCCUUUAAAGGGGUACUCCACUGCUCAUUGUUUGCAACAAACUGUUCCGAACGCUGGAGCCGGCAGUUUAUGUCAUAGCCCCGCCCCUUCAUGACAUCACACCCCGCCCCCUCAAUGCAAGUCUAUGGGAGGGGGCGUCACGCCCCCUCCCAUAGACUUGCAUUGAGGGGACGGGGCUAUGAUGUUAUGAGCUCCCGGUGCCGGCUCCAGCAUUCGGAACAUUUUGUUCCAAACGCUGAGUACCCCUUUAAGUAUGAGUCAGCUAUUGUAGCUGGUGGCCUAAUAAUGAUUUGGCUGACAGCUUUGCGAUGUAUAUGGCUACCAUAAAGGGGUGUAUGGAGACAAAAAAUAGCAAUAUAUCUCCGUGUGUCUCCAAUUUCAUACAGGUUAUUUUCUCUGAUGCAUCAGCAAAUGUAUAUAACAGGAAAAAGGUGGCUUUCCCUAUACAUAGUUAUUUUCUCCUAGUAUUAGCUCUGUAUGGGCUCAGUGCACACAACUCUGCUGUGUCCAUGAGACCUAAAUGUGGUUUUCCCUUUUCUUGUAUUACUGCACUAUGGAAUGGAAGUCAUGAAGGGGGAAAAGCUCCUUCUAGCAACUUUACCUUUUAAAACGUAUCCCCUAUCCAAAGUAUAGGGGAUAAGCAUCUGAUCAUGGGGGUCCAACCACUGGGAUACCCCGCAAUCUCCAGUCAUUGCCCGAAUCACAGAGCGUGGGGUCAACACUCCCCCUCCAUACAUUCUCAAUGGAGUGCCAUAGAUACAUGAGUGCUGUACUUAUGUAUCUCUGACACUCCCAUUGAGAAUGCAUGGAGGGGGAGUGUUGAUCCCUUGCUCCAUGCACAAGUAAUUUCUGGAGAUGGCGGGGGGCCACAUUGGUCAGACUCAACGUGGUCAGACGCACAAGUUUUAAGGCGCUGGGGUACCUAUUUAACAUCAGUUUAUGCUAAAACAAAAAAAUGAAAGCAAAAGUAAAUGACAAGGAUGAUAUCAGACAUAAUAGAGUUUUUUUUUUUUUUUAAAGCCUGAGGACUACAAUGCAAAAAAAAAGGUAAUGAGCAUCCUCAGACUGGGUUCACACCUGCAUUGAAGGCACAGUUGGUUGGCUGCAUUAUAAGGUUAAGUAAAAAAUACUGAACAAGAUGUGUAGCAUGCCGGACACCAUGACUGAAAUCUGAUUAUACCAAUUAAAGUCAAUGGUGUCUAUUGGGCGCUUUUGGUGUCCGGCAUGCAAGGGAUCUGCCUGUGCUGGUUUCUUUUAUUUUGCUCCAAUGAUAAAACAGAACAACAACAGAAAAGACAAUGCAGGUGUGAACCCAGUUUUACAUUGGUCAGUAGGUCAUGUGAUACAUCCUUUGUUAAAAUGUAUUCAGACCUGUCUCCACCUUCAUGUCUGAUAAAUAUACAAUAAAUUACCGUAUGUACUUGUCAUGUUUAAAGGAUCUGGAUAUAUCUCUUUUAGGAAUGGAUUGUCCCAUUUUUCAGUUACUUCCUUAGCAGGCAUGUCUCUUAUUGAUCCAGGGAAUGUGACACUUGUAAAAGGGCUGGUUUCAGGGCCUCUCUAAUACAGCAGUCUUCAAACUGUGGCCCUCCAGCU